UCGUCCUCGGACGGCCACCGCACGCUGCGUAGAUGUCCUUGGCAUCAACUUGUGGAUGAGCGUCGAGUGCGGGUUCCGGUGACCGUGUCAUGCGUACACUUACUACAUAAGAAACCACCUGCGUAUUUGUGCGCGAGGGGUGGGAUAUGUGCGUCUUCUGCAGCAAGUGCCCUGGGUCGGGGGUGGAGGGCUGGGUGCACACCGCCACUCGGCGGCGGCCGGGAGUGUGUCAUCCCAAAGAUAAAGCUUAGUUUCUCAGGACCUAGAUUUGCCACCUACUGCUCUACUCCAUUUUCAGAUAUCCCGGACUCAGAGAUUCCGUCCGUGCUGGCUGGCGUCUCCACACCUCUCUGGAUAUUCUUUCUAAAUAUUUAGUCUUCUCCUCUGUACUUUUGAUCCUGCAAUUCCUUCCUCCAGAAAUGACCUUCCUCAUUCUUCUCCUGGCUUACUCUUAAGGCUUCCAAAACUCAGCUCCAGUGUCCCUCCUUUAGAACCCCUGACCUCAGAACAUGAUUCCCCCUUUUAUCCCCAGCGCCUGUUACGUGUCUGGAGAGCUGAGUUGCGUGGCUCGAAUCUGGGGGACCUGGGUUCAGCUGACUAGCGGGUUUCCACCAGGGGGGCGCAAGAGACAGCGUCAUUUCACGGUGUCCACCAGGGGGCGCUUCCGCCUGCCUCUGGCGAUCCAGGGUUGAGGAACCAACCCGCGGAUUUGCCCCGCCUGAUUGGGAGAGGCACGGCUAAACUAUUUGCAUAAUCUCGAAAGGGCCGCGUUGAGUGGUCGAGAUGUAGAAGAAAUCUGAAACGGGCUCUCUCAUUGGCUUAAAUUUUCCCCCUUGCUCCGCGACCCCAUCCGGGCCAGACCCGGCCAGGAGGUCAAUCGGAAGCUUCCGGCUAGUGGCGAGCGGGAACCCAGGUGUCCGGGCAGUGGGCGCUGAGGAGUCGCUCAAAAGUAGGGCCCCAAGGCUCAGAGCAGCUGGGUAUGGGUACCGAAAAUGAAAAUCCAGAGCCGGACUGCCAGAAACAGUUCCAGGCCGCAGUAAGCGUCAUUCAGAGCCUGCCUAAGAACGGCUCUUACCGCCCCUCCUAUAAAGAGAUGCUGCGAUUCUACAGCUACUACAAGCAGGCUACCAUGGGGCCCUGCCUGGUCCCCCAGCCUGGGUUCUGGGACCCUAUUGGACGUUAUAAAUGCCUUCUGUCCCCCAGGGAUGCCUGGAACAGCCUGGGCAAGAUGAGCAGGGAGCAGGCCAUGUCCGCCUACGUCACUGAGAUGAAGCUGGUGGCCCAGAGGGUGAUCGACACGGUGCCCCUGGGCGAGGUGGCAGAGGACAUGUUUGGUUACUUCGAGCCCCUGUACCAGGUGAUCCCUGACAUGCCGAGGCCCCCGGAGACCUUCCUGAAAAGGGUCACAGGUUGGAAAGAGCAGGUGCUGAAUGGAGAUGCUGAGCCUGCCCCAGAGCCUCCCUGCCUUCCCAAGGAACCCGCACCCCCAAGCCCAGAGUCCCAGCCACCCAGGGACCAGGACUCUGAGGUUUUCUGUGAUUCCAUGGAGCAGCUGGAGCCUGAGCUGCAGGUUGGGGCAGAGCAGAGGGGCGCCCUGGGAGGAGAGCUCAACACCAGAAACAGCACCGAGUCUCCUGCAAAGAAAGGGAGAUUGGAAAGCACCCUGCUGGGGCCCCAGGAAUUGGACACAUGGCUGGUGGGGACGGUUCGGGCGCUGCAGGAGAGCAUGCGGGACGUCCAGGGGAGACUGCAGAGCCUGGAGAGCAUGCCUGUCCCCCGCAAGCAGGUGAGCCCUGUCCGAAGGCCCAGGGCAAGGCUGGGGCAGCACUUUGAGGGUCUCUUUUCUGGACUCCUCAUCCAGCCACUUCUGUCUUUGUCCCCACGUCUCUGCCUGCUCACACCUCUGCCUUCUCCAGAGAAUGUUGUGGCUCGUGGCGCAGGCAAGGAAGUCAGGGGGUCUGUAGUAAUGCUUCCAGCCUGGAACUGGGAGAGGCCCUCCUUUCCUGCUCUUAUCUCCCUCUGCCUGAAGAGUAACUGAGGACAGAUGGAAUUCCAGCAGUUGGAGGGGCCAGAAUGUGUCUGCUCUUUGCAUUGGGGCUGGGGGUGUGUGUCCCUAUUGCCCCUCAGUCAGGACUUCUGUUCCCAGAUUUAUUGUCUCGCCCUACCCAGAUUCAGCCCUUGCAUCCCUCACUCCCUUCUCUCAACUUCUAGGUCUGCUUACCCUUUACACCUCUGCUUCUGCAAAAUAAAUCACAGCGGCCAUUUCUGGAACCCCAGCUGUGUGCCAAACACAUUACCUGCAUUAUCUCAUUUUAUCCUCAAAACAAACCAGUGAAAUAGGUUUUCUUUUCAUUUCCCUUUUACUGAUGAGGAAACUACAGCUCUGAGAUGUUAAGUAACUUACCUGAGGGUACACAGCCUGAGAGCUGCUUUGAGGAUUAGAUGACAUAAUGCAUGUAGGUGCUUCCGCAGUGCCCGGGGGGGGGACUUCUCAUAUGGGGUUCAUUGUUAGUAUUAACGUUAAGUAAUGGAGCUGGGAGUGGCCCUAGGUCUGUCUCCCACCAAAGCUGGCAUCCACCACUCACUAUGAGUGAGUCUGUUCUUGCGAAGCCUGGAGUGGUGGGGGCAGGGGACGGCUGAGUUCCUGGAUGCGGGGGAGUCACUCACGUGACUCUUCACCCCCUUGGCACAGUGGGUGUCAGCCAGGUUGGCAGGAAUUCCCUCAGAUCCACAGCGGCUAACCUUUCAACACUCACCCCCCAGGGUUUCAUUUAUUGUUUACCUUUUACUAAUUUUAUAUGCUGAAGAUUUUAAAGGUUUCCACCCUGAGAUACUUGGAUUUGCAUCUCUAAAAAUAGGACAUUCUACUACCUAGCAAAAACAAAAUUUUAUCACACACAGUAAUUCCUUCAUAUCAUCAAAUACACAAUCCACAUUCAAAUCCCCUUUUCCACCUUCCCUGUCUGUCCAGGCCAGGAGCCUCUGUUCUUAAGACUCUGUUAGUCUAGACUAGUCCCUCUUCCCUGCUACUGACUUGCGGAUGAGACUGGAUAGUGGUCCUGUAGAAUGUUCCACUCUUGUGGUCUGUCUGAUGACAGCCUCCUGGCUAGUUUACAUGACCAGAUUACAUCAGAAGUGAUGUUCUUUCUUUACAUCAAGGGACACAUAUUUGGAUGUCCUACCGUGAAUGAUUUUAGCGUGGACCACUAGCAGGGAUGAAGGGGUGACAGUCUGUUCCCACCACUUGCAGCCAGGGAAUGUCCAGUUCCCCAUCAAGCCCAUCUGACAUACAGCUUUUGACAAUUGAUAGAUACUCCUUGCCUGGAUCAAUAAUUUAUUUACUGGUUACAAAAAACGUUGACUUUUAAAUUCUAUUAUUCCUUUAACAUUUAUUAGCUGUCAUUUUUCUGUAGAGUUUCCCUGAUCAUCUAGGAUUUCCCUGAAAUACAGUGCCUUAUGGAAGGCAGAAUAAGUGCUUAAUUCUUUCUCUUUAAUUAUCUAUUUUUAGAGUAAGGAGUUGAUUUAACAGCCACCUCAGUGGUGAUAAAUUUCCCCUUUCUCUUUGAGUAUCAUCAUGAACUCAUGGAUUUUAAAGACUCAGUAUUUCAGUCAACUGCAAUCAUCAUUCUUUUUGAUGCCCAGGCUGUCACAACUUUGGUGGGACCCUUUCAAGCUGGGUCCUAUGUUCUGGUAAUUUGACCUCAUUAAUCUUUAAAAGCUUCCUUGCUUCCUGGUACAAGACGUCUCACAUUCAAUUCUACCUUCCCUGCUCCAGACCUAAAAUCUGCCACUUCUCCAUUCAGCAGAGAAUGGUAUUUAGAAACUAAAAUCUGAGCACCCAGGGUCCUCAUUUGAAAUAUGUGGCAUGUCCUUUACAAUAUGGGGUCUUCGGGCCACACCAACAGGGUCACUGCUUUGUGGCCCAGAGGAGACGCCUCGAAGCCAGUCUCUCCACUCAGCAGCCUCUCCAGCCUUCAGCCUUCUCGGCACCUUGGAGGAGGAUAUGGGAGGGAGUUAGGGCUCAACGUGUCAGGGACAAACUGGGAGCCCCAGUCCUCAGACUGGGGAGAGGGAGGCAGAAGCUCCCACCUGAGCUCUGCAAGCAGGUUGCGAAGGAGGGCCCAGCCUGUGCUGAGGCCCGGGCUGGCUCCUGACUCUCUCCCCUUGGCGGCAGAGGCCAAGGCCCGGCACUGGGCUCUCUGUUCCCACGCUGCUCUUCUUCCUCCUGUGGCCCUUCAUCGUCCAGUGGCUCCUCCGACAGUUUCGGACCCAGAAGAGGUGACUCUCAAUGGAGGAGUCUCUGCAGCCAACGGAGGAGACUUUGAGCCUUCCUAGAGUUUAGGAGAACGGCGUUAAACCCCGCUCCCACCCCCUUCCUGCCCCAAUUAGUGUUUGCCUUGGCACCUCUCCCCUAAUGGGGAGCCGGAUAGGACUCCACUCUUACUGCAGCUCCACAGAACUCCCCUCCUCUCACCCCCAACCACCUCAGGCUCCCUGGGGAGGCUGCACGUGUGGUGCACGUCCCCAGUUCAGGGUUGGCGGCUGAUUCUGGGGCGGAGCUGCCGGGUCUCAGCCUCUGCCCUCCCCAGCCUCUGGGUCACCUGACUCCUUUCCCACCCUAGCCUCUCCCCGAGGAGGCUCAGCUCGUGGGCAAGUUGGGACUUGGGCCGGGGCCUGGAAGAAUGAUUGGCUGGGAGGCCUGACCGAGCUGGGGAAAGGCGGAGAGAGCUAACCCCGGGGGAGGGGAGUCUGCUCCGUUUUCCUGGCCGCCCUACCCCCACAUAUACUCAGGACGUCUUCACUAAACAUUAACUUACAAAAGAGUGUUUCACUAAAUAAAAUAAAACCUUCAUCUUCUGCCGUC